CCAAGCCUUCCCUUCCGGGUCUGGAAAGGGUUAAGUGAGGUGGGCCUUCCUCCCGCCCCCUCGCCCUCCCGGCUGGGAUUCCAGGCCUGGCUUCUGCCCUUUCCCUCCAGCCUGCCCAGAACAAAGGCUCUUUCACACCCUUGUCCCGGUGUCCCGUGCCUUCUCUGAUUCAGAAGCUGGUGGGCCUGCGGAGAGGGGUCCUUUGUCGGGUCCCCUUGCCCCCAAGCGACUGGGCCCGAGGAACCCGCGUGGGGCCAGCGUGGGGCAGUAAGGGGCGAGGCCUGGGACCAGGAGGAGGGGCCUGGGAGCUGGGGCCGCCCCUGGAAUUAGCCUGGCCUUCGGGGACAGCUCGGAGGAGCUGGGGCGGAGCCGCAGAGCCCGGCGGCCGCCGAGUGGAGUGUGACUCCGUGGGCCUGGCGUGGAGGCGGGGGCGCUAGGCUGCAGCUGGCUGGGAUUCGGGGCUGGUUUCCUGUCUGGAAGGGAAGGGGCCUGCAGAAGGGAGCGGGACAGCAGCAGACAGGCACACCCCUGCUUUCCUCCCUCCCUCUCCUCCCUUCUCUGGAAAAGCGAGCUGGGAGAACAGCUGCCACCAAAGCGAGACUGGACACUCUGUGCCUAGAGCCCCCUCUGCAGCUGGCCUUUCCUCCUGGGACCCCACUCAUCCUCACUUCGCUUUCCUUUUUUUCCCUGCCUGGCUCACAGCAGGGCCUCGGAGCAGCAGUGGGCGAGGAAAAUUUGUCACAGCAGCCAGAGAGGUUUAACAGGAGCGCAGAGGGAUAAGGGCAGCCUCUGACCUCUGCCCAAGAGCUGGCCACCUCUUUAAAGACUGAGGGAACAGUGGGAGGAGGAACUGUGGGACAGUGUGGUACCUGUCUGUCCCCCCUCUGGAGGGGCUGACAAAGGAAAGGGCACCGGGGGGCACAGAGAUGCAGGACAGAUUGCACAUCCUGGAGGACCUGAAUAUGCUCUACAUUCGGCAGAUGGCACUCAGCCUGGAGGACACGGAGUUGCAGAGGAAGCUAGACCAUGAGAUCCGGAUGAGGGAAGGGGCCUGUAAGCUGCUGGCAGCCUGCUCCCAGCGAGAGCAGGCUCUGGAGGCCACCAAGAGCCUGCUAGUGUGCAACAGCCGCAUCCUUAGCUACAUGGGCGAGCUGCAGCGGCGCAAGGAGGCGCAGGUGCUGGGGAAGACAGGCCGGCGGCCUUCUGACAGUGGCCCGCCCGCUGAGCGCUCCCCCUGCCGCGGCCGGGUCUGCAUCUCCGACCUCCGGAUUCCACUCAUGUGGAAGGACACAGAAUAUUUCAAGAACAAAGGUGACUUGCACCGCUGGGCUGUGUUCCUGCUACUGCAGCUGGGGGAACACAUCCAGGACACAGAGAUGAUCCUGGUGGACAGGACCCUUACAGACAUCUCCUUUCAGAGCAAUGUGCUCUUCGCUGAGGCGGGGCCAGACUUUGAACUUCGGUUAGAGCUGUAUGGGGCCUGUGUGGAAGAAGAAGGGGCCCUGACUGGUGCCCCCAAGAGGCUUGCCACCAAACUCAGCAGCUCCCUGGGCCGCUCCUCAGGGAGGCGUGUCCGGGCAUCGCUGGACAGUGCUGGGGGUUCAGGGAGCAGUCCCAUCUUGCUUCCCACCCCAGCUGUUGGUGGUCCUCGUUACCACCUCUUGGCUCACACCACACUCACCCUGGCAGCAGUGCAAGAUGGAUUCCGCACACAUGACCUCACCCUUGCCAGUCAUGAGGAGAACCCUGCCUGGCUACCCCUUUAUGGUAGUGUGUGUUGCCGUCUGGCAGCUCAGCCUCUCUGCAUGACUCAGCCUACUGCAAGUGGUACCCUCAGGGUGCAGCCAGCUGGGGAGAUGCAGAACUGGGCACAAGUGCAUGGAGUUCUGAAAGGCACAAACCUCUUCUGUUACCGGCGACCUGAGGAUGCAGACACUGGGGAAGAGCCGCUGCUUACUAUUGCCAUCAACAAGGAGACUCGAGUCCGGGCAGGGGAGCUGGACCAGGCUCUAGGACGGCCCUUCACGCUAAGCAUCAGUAACCAGUAUGGGGAUGAUGAGGUGACACACACCCUUCAGACAGAAAGUCGGGAAGCCCUGCAGAGCUGGAUGGAGGCUCUGUGGCAGCUUUUCUUUGACAUGAGCCAGUGGAAGCAGUGUUGUGACGAAAUCAUGAAAAUUGAAACUCCUGCUUCCCGGAAACCACCCCAAGCACUGGCAAAGCAGGGGUCCUUGUACCAUGAGAUGGCUAUUGAGCCGCUGGAUGACAUCGCAGCGGUGACAGACAUCCUGACCCAGCGGGAGGGCGCAAGGCUGGAGACACCCCCACCCUGGCUGGCAAUGUUUACAGACCAGCCUGCCCUGCCUAACCCCUGCUCGCCUGCCUCAGUGGCCCCAGCCCCAGCCUGGACCCACCCCCUGCCCUGGGGGAGACCCCGAACCUUUUCCCUGGAUGCUGUACCCCCAGACCACUCCCCGAGGGCUCGCUCGGUUGCCCCCCUCCCACCUCAGCGAUCCCCACGGACCAGAGGCCUCUGCAGUAAAGGCCAACCUCGCACUUGGCUCCAGUCACCAGUGUGAGAGAGAAAGGUGCUGGCAUAGGAUCUGCCCAGAAGAGAAAAUGACCCAUGCACAGUCGGGCUCUGGAUACGGCGCUGUCUAUAGCAAGCUGGCCAGUCUGGCCUCCUGUUCCUCUGCUGGACCUGGGGUAGGCUGCAGGGGUGGGCAGAAGCCCCUCUUAAAUUGUGGUUGCCAUGGUACUGAGGGACUCAUUCCUGGGGCUGGCUGGGACCUCCCUAAACCCUUCCUGGAAGAAAACUGGAACCAACUCUGCCCUACCUCCCUGCACUAACCAGCUUUGAGGAUGGCACUGAAGAACCCUUGGAGGAAACAUACCUCCCUUGUGACUCCCACAUCAACCAUUAAAGCUAUUUAACAGCAGCCUUCACCUGGCUCCUGAGGA